CGCGAUAAUUCCUAUUUCCUUCUCUUUCACUCCCUGUAGCCAACAUGGCAGUCGGCAAGAAUAAGAGGCUGACCAAAGGUGGCAAAAAAGGUGCCAAAAAGAAGAUUGUCGACCCUUUCUCCAAGAAGGACUGGUAUGAUGUCAAGGCACCCGCUAUGUUCAACAUCCGCAACAUUGGCAAGACCUUGGUGUCCAGGACUCAGGGAACCAGAAUCGCCUCUGAUGGUCUGAAGGGACGUGUGUUCGAGGUGAGCCUCGCUGACCUGCAGAAUGAUGAGGUGGCCUUCCGCAAGUUCAAGCUGAUCUCGGAAGACGUGCAGGGCAAGAACUGCCUGACGAACUUCCACGGCAUGGACCUGACCCGUGACAAGAUGUGCUCCAUGGUCAAGAAGUGGCAGACCAUGAUUGAGGCCCAUGUGGACGUGAAGACCACCGACGGCUACCUCCUGCGUCUGUUCUGCGUCGGCUUCACCAAGAAGCGCACCAACCAGAUCAGGAAGACGUCGUACGCCCAGCACCAGCAGGUCCGUCAAAUCAGGAAGAAGAUGAUGGAGAUCAUGACCCGUGAGGUCCAGACCAACGACCUGAAGGAAGUCGUCAACAAGCUGAUCCCUGACUCCGUUGGCAAGGACAUUGAGAAGGCCUGCCAGUCCAUCUACCCACUCCACGACGUCUACGUCAGGAAGGUUAAGAUGCUGAAGAAACCCAAGUUUGAGUUGGGCAAACUGAUGGAGCUCCACGGUGAGGGUGGUGGCAGCAGUACAGCCAAGCCCUCUGGGGAUGACACUGGGGCUAAGGUGGAUAGGGCAGAUGGCUACGAGCCCCCCAUCCAAGAGACCGUCUAAAUGCCUGACCGAUUUAAUAAAAAAAUGGAAAAUCUUGGUGUAAAAUGUGGAUCCCAAAAGGCCAGGUAUCCUUUACCUUAAAUCCAUGAAACUCCCUUUCAGUAGAUGUUUGUUUUGCCAUGUCCCCCCGGGUGUUGUCAACUUCCGAGAAAUAAGCCAUCAAAUAUUUGACCUUUCCACCCAGUCUGUAAUUCUCCACUUAAGAAAACCCCUUCCUACAAUGACACAUUCCGGAAGUGUCCAUUUAUUUGGUGGGAAAACAGUGGUGCAAAGCUCAAUUUCUACCCACCCUGUUGAGCUAUUUACCAAAAUGAAAAUGUUUGAGAAGUUGAAAUCCUGUUCAAGUGUUCACCAAUACACUACCAUAAUCUUGCUUAAUCAGAAUGGCUAAUUUGAUCCACAUUUCCACCCUGUGAGGAUUAUACACCUAAAAAAUUCAAUGCCUAAGCAGUGUUUGUCUGAAAGUCAAACCUUUUGACACUAUGAAUGACCCUGUUAAAAGCAUUGACUUCAUAUGAAGUCUUCAUUUCAUGAACCAGCGGAGCAUUUGAGCACAAUUGGCUACCAGAAAAGGCUUUUAGGGGGCUAUAUACUUGCAGUAUUGUAAGAACCACAAUUCAUAGUUUGAGGAAAUAUUGUACAACAGCUAUAUUUAAUGUGCAAUGGUGUGGUCAACAUGUUAAAUACUGCAUAUCUGGAUUAGAACAAAGCUGGUAAGGGUUUUGUGGCAGGAACUUCAUAUGAAUGCCUGUUCAAUAAAGUUACAUCCAGCCAUUCUCGGA